AUGCUAGGCCGCCCUGUCGCGAUGAAAAUGACCAAGCCGCGCUCCAUCGGUGGCGAGAUGAUCUACCCCGAAAGCGGAUCUUACAUCAAGGGCACUGUUAACGACUCCGUUGAAUACCCCAAGCCCGACCCCUCUCACGGUUCUUACCAUUGGGCAUUUGAGCGCCUGCUGUCUGUCUCGCUUAUUCCACUCAUUUCUGUCGCUUGCGUGAAGCACGGUAUGUCUGGUGCUGUCGACGGUAUUCUUUCUGCGGUUCUUCUUUUGCACUCGCACAUUGGCUUUGACAACGUCUUCACCGAUUAUGUGGAGAAGCGCAAGUUCCCCAAGGCUGGCCCUGCAAUUUCUUGGAUCCUCCGUGGCUUUACGCUUCUCACUGGCUACGGUCUAUACGAGUUCAACACGAGCUUCAAUUCUACGUCGCCUGCACACGCUGAGAGCAUUACUGACAUGACCUCCUUCUUUUUGAACUUUCGCCAUCCUCAGACGACAUUGCCGACAAUGGCGUCUUUGCCGAAACCAAACCUGUCUAAACAAGGGCAGGUGUCUGUUGUUCUCGGGUCGCAAUGGGGCGAUGAGGGCAAAGGAAAACUCACGGAUAUCCUUGCAGCAGAGAUGGAUAUCUGUGCCCGUUGUGCCGGCGGUAACAAUGCCGGACACACAAUUGUCGCUAAUGUGGGCCCCGACAACGUGAAGACUAAGUUUGCUUUUCACUUGCUUCCUUCCGGCCUGGUGAAUCCCCGCUGCGUAGGGUUCAUCGGCAACGGUGUCGUGGUCCACAUCCCUUCCUUUUUUAGCGAGCUCGAUACACUGGAGAAGAAAGGUCUCAAAUGCGACAAUCGUCUCUUUGUCUCUGACCGUGCACACCUCGUCUUCGACUUCCACCAAGUUGUAGACGGGCUCAAGGAAGUCGAGCUCGGUGGUAGCAGCAUUGGUACUACUAAGAAGGGUAUUGGCCCAGCUUACUCUUCCAAGGCAUCGCGUUCCGGUCUUCGUGUGCACCACUUGUACGACUUUGACACUUUUGCGGCCAAGUUCCGCAAGCUGGUCGAGGGCCGCUUCAAGCGCUAUGGCAACUUUGAAUACGACACGGAAGGCGAGAUUGCAAGGUACCGCGCUUUUGCCGAGCGCCUCCGUCCGUUUGUCGUCGACGGUGUCACGUUCAUUCACUCGAUGCUCGCCUCCGACCGUCGUGUCUUGGUCGAGGGCGCAAAUGCGCUCAUGCUCGAUCUGGAUUAUGGCACCUAUCCCUUUGUAACCUCCUCGUCGACUGGCAUUGGUGGUGUUUGCACGGGUCUCGGUAUCCCACCGCAGUGCAUCGGCACGGUGAUUGGUGUGGUCAAAGCGUACACCUCGCGUGUCGGCGCCGGUCCGUUCCCUACGGAGCUGAACGACGGUGUGAUGCAGCACCUACAGGAAGUCGGUGCCGAGUACGGCACCACCACUGGCCGCAGGCGCCGUUGCGGCUGGCUCGACCUGGUCAUGAUGCGCUACUCGUGCCUGAUUAACGGAUACACGUGUUUGAACCUGACCAAGCUCGAUGUUCUCGACGGUGUUUCCGAGAUCAAGGUUGCGACUAGCUACAUCUACCAAGGUAAAGAGCUUGCCAGUUUUCCUGCGGACCUGAACAUGCUGGCUAAAGUCGAGGUGCAGUACAAAACGUUUGCUGGCUGGGAGGGCUCCAUCUCGGAGGCCACCGAGUACAGCCAGCUGCCCGAGAAGUGCCGCCAGUACGUCGAGUUUAUCGAAGACUUCCUCGGCGUCCCGAUUGAAUGGAUCGGCGUCGGCCCUGGCCGUAGCUCGAUGAUCCAUCGCCGCGUUGCGGACCAGCAACAAUGA